AGCCUGUCUUUCUCAAAACUGCGAAUGGUUUAGUGCGACGUCACACUUCUGCAUUCACAAUGUCGGGAGCAACAAAAUCGAGCUUUGAAGAAGGCAACCUUGGCGAUGACUUGCGAAGAAUCACAAGAAGAGUCGCCAAGGGAGGGAAGGAUACAAAGCAGCUCGUGUUGGACAUGGUUCUUAGCAAUAAAGCAUUGGACAACGGGGAAUAUCCGGUUGAUGUGUCCUAUCGAAGCUUCAAACAACAAGUUGAUGACAUGUUGACCGAGACCUCGACUUCGGGCAAG